AGGAGGAGCAUGCUGUGCAUCGAAGUAGGCUCCUCAAUUUCCAACUUAGCAUCUUGGCAUUGAGGACAUUUUCCCAUGCAGGCAGAGCCCCCCCUCCCCAAAAGCCUGACUGCGUGCUCACUAAAAAAUAGUCAUGACAGUGGAGGAGCAACUUUUAUAAAAGGGAAGCAACAAAGUGGACUGAUAAGAGGAAGAAAAGGUUCUUUUUUUGGGCUUCUUUUUUUUAACCGUAAGGAGCAAGAAAACGGAGGUGGAGGAAAAAGGGGGGCAGAAGGUCCUCACACACACAGCUGUCUCUAUGCGCCCCUGAGGUCCUUAAAAAAGUAAGAAAAAAACAAAGAGUGGAGGGGGCAAAGUGAGCUGCAGCAGCUAUGGCGUAUCCUCAGGGCUACUUGUACCAGCCGUCAGCCUCCCUGGCCCUCUACUCGUGUCCCGCAGCCUACGGCACCAGCGUCAUAUCGGGACCCAGGACCGAGGAGCUCGGCAGGUCCUCCUCCGGGUCCGCGUUCGCGCCCUAUGCCGGAUCCGCAACCACCACCGCCGCCGCAGCAGCAGCAGCCAACACCGCCGCUGCUGCCGCCUCCGCAGCUGCCGCGGCAGCCGCCGCCGCCUUCAGCGGAGGCUCGCCCGGGUACAACUCGCACCACUUGCCGUACGGCGCGGACGCGGCGGCGGCUGCUGCUGCCACCUUUACCUCCUAUGUGAGUUCCCCCUAUGACCACACGACAGGCAUGGCGGGCUCCAUAGGCUACCACCCUUACGCAGCGCCCCUGGGCACCUACCCGUACGGUGACCCGGCCUACCGCAAGAACGCCACCCGGGACGCCACGGCCACACUGAAGGCCUGGCUCAACGAGCAUCGCAAGAACCCGUACCCCACCAAAGGCGAGAAGAUCAUGCUCGCCAUCAUCACCAAGAUGACCCUCACCCAGGUGUCCACCUGGUUCGCCAACGCGCGCAGGAGACUCAAGAAGGAGAACAAGAUGACGUGGACGCCACGGAACCGCAGCGAGGACGAGGAAGAGGACGAGAACAUCGACUUGGAGAAGAAUGACGAUGAUGACCCUCCUCAUAGUAAUAAUAAUAACAAACAAGACAAGACUCAAGAUUCAUCAGAUACUGAAGCAGAUGCCAAAAUGCUGCACCCGGUGGACUGUGACAGGUUCAAAGAGGACACCCUACACGGCAAGGACGUGGACCCCCUCCUGAGUGACUCGGAGUCCAAAGACCAGGAGGAGCGGACUAUGACAUCCGAGUUGUUAUUGGAUUCUGCCGGUAAGGCCACCACGUCGUCCCCCUCGGCGACGGGGGUAGUGGUGGUGGUGGGGGCCCGCGGACCCCAGGACAAACCGUCGGACUUGAGCCUCCACGCCCCCACCUCCGUUAUCCACUCGCCGCCUUCGGCACCCAAACCCAAACUGUGGUCCUUAGCGGAGAUCGCCACCUCAUCGGACCGGUGUAGAAGCAGCAGCGGUGAGGCGCAGCGAGGAGGCGGGGAGCAGCAGCAGUCUUGCCCCGCCGUCAUAGGCCCAGUUGCCGGGUCUCCUCCGCGGUCCUCCCCGCAGUGCGGCGUCCUUUCCCGGCCUCUGUACUACACGUCGCCCUUCUAUCCCGGCUACACGAACUAUCACGGGGGUACUUUUGGACACCUCCACGGCAACCCAGUCACCACAGGCUCCCCCAGCACUGCGCACUUCAAUGGAUUAAACCAGACUGUAUUAAAUAGAGCAGAGGCUUUGGUGAGGGACAAAGUGAGGGUAGAUCUUUGUAAAGACUCCCCUUACGAACUGAAGAAAGGUAUGUCAAACAUUUAACAACUCCAACUGUGGACUUUUUACUUUAUUUUAAUUUAUUUCUUUUUUUUUUGGGAAGGCUGCAAAACUGAACAUUAUUAUCACCCCCCCUUAAUGGAAAUGUUGAGCUUCUCAAAUGGUGUAUAACAAGGAUGAUGGUCUUAUAAAUGGCUGCAGCCGCCGGAAGUGAUUUGUAUUAAAAGACUAACAUGUAUAUUUAAUGUAGCAUUUUUGUAUUUAAGAAAGAAAAAUGGACGACACACUAUCUUUGAAGUAAAUUAUGGAGAAUAUAAUUAUUUUUGUGAAGCAUAUUUUUUCUGGGUGAGGGGAUGGCAUCAGGAAAAUACGCAUGGUGAUGAUGAUUAUGAUGAUGAUGGGUUUAUAUUUUAAAAUCAAACAUUUACACAGUGAUGAUGUAAAGUGCAUACGGGGGCACCCAAAAAAAAAUAGGAUGUAAUAAUAAUUCAAAUAACAGCAUCAGCAAGGCGCAGCCAUUUAAGCCAAUUACCUGGCGUGUUUUACGCACAGCAAUCAGAUGAACUCCAGUAAUGAGCUCCAUUUUAUGCUAAAUUUAGACCUCAUUACUAUUUCUUCUUCUCCACGCAAGGAAGGCGUGGUAAAAGCUGUUAAAAUAAGAGAUUCGACCAUGCAUUCAGAACAAACCCCCCCUCCCCCAGCCCCCCAUAAUCAUAGUGUCUCUGUUUUAUUGGCGCGCUGGAUGCAUACGCACACACAUAUACACACACAAGUGCACAAGGGAAGUAGGUUGUCACGCCAUGUCGUGCAAACUCUUCCAACUUCCGCA